GUGGUGACAAAAGAUCUAUUUUAAAUGAACAAUAUAAAGAAUUUUUAGAAGCUGCAAUUGAAGAAGAACCAUGGAUUUCUAUUUCAGAUCUAGCACAAAAAUUAGUAAAUCAAUUUCUGAAUAUUCAG